AGGAUAAAAUCCCUCUCACCCCUCCCCCUGAGCCCUUCUGUCAACGUUAUCAACACGAAACCGUGGUCUACAACGGCUCCCCUACCUGGUGAUACUCCUUCAACACUCACUCCAUAGAACAACACCCCGGCACGCAACAGACACACAGACCUGUUCCAGCGUCUCGUCUUGUUCAAGUCUCUUCCGGAACGAUGACCGGCACCGCCAACAAGGCCGCCCCAGGCGUGCCGUUUUACACCCCGGCUCAAGAGCCCCCCGCCGGCACCCCCAUCGACCCCUCCCCCGCGCCGACGCUCUUCCAACCCCUCCGCAUCCGCGACGUCACCCUCAACAACCGCAUCUGGGUCUCGCCCAUGUGCCAGUACUCGGCUGAGGACGGGCACGUGGCCGACUACCAUGUCGUGCACCUGGGCCAGUUCGCGCUGCACGGCGCCGCGCUGACCGUCAUCGAGGCCACGGCCGUCGAGCCGCGGGGCCGCAUCUCGCCCGAGGACGUAGGGCUGUGGAAGGACUCCCAGAUCGCGCCGCUGAAGCGGGUCGCGGACUUCAUCCACUCGCAGAACCAGGCCGUGGGCAUCCAGCUCGCGCACGCGGGGCGGAAGGGGAGCUUGUUGGCGCCGUGGAUCACGGAGGUGCAUGGCAAAUUGCUCGCGCGCGAGAGCGAGGGCGGGUGGCCAGACGACUGCGUUGCGCCGAGCUCCAUCCCGUACACCAAGGACUGGGCCAUGCCGCGGGAGUUGACCGUGGAGGAAAUCCAGGGACUUGUGAAGAGCUUCGCCGACGCGGCCAAAAGAGCGAUCGAGGCUGGCAUCGACGUGAUUGAGAUCCACGCCGCCCACGGGUAUCUGUUCAGCGAAUUCCUCUCUCCCCUGAGCAACCAACGUACGGAUCAGUACGGAGGCAGCUUCGAGAACCGCACGCGCUUCCUCUUGGAGACUAUCAAGGCCGUGCGCGACGUUAUCCCGUCCGGCGCGCCGCUCUUCGUCCGCAUCUCGGCGACGGAGUGGAUGGAGUACGCCGGCAAUCCCUCCUGGACGAUCGACGACUCGAUCAAGCUCGCCAAACUCCUACCCGGAGUCGGCGUGGACCUGUUGGACGUUUCGUCGGGCGGCAACAACGAGGCGGCCAAGAUCGACAUCUCGCCGUACUACCAGGUCAGCCUCGCGGGCCGAAUCCGCGAGGCGCUGGAGGCCGAGGGAAAGGAGCUGCUCAUCGGCGCCGUGGGCAUGAUCAGCAGCGGCGAGAUGGCACGAAGCAUCGUCCAGGCGAAGAAGGCGAACGGGGAGGCGAAUGGGCAGAAGGCGACGCUGGAGGUGGACGAGGAGCACGGGCAGGUGACGCACGCGGACGCGGUGUUUGUGGGGAGGCAGUUCCUGCGGGAGCCAAACUUUGUGUACAAGAUUGCGGACGAGAUCGGGGUGAAGAUCAAGUGGGCUAAUCAGUACCAUCGGGCGCCGCGGAGGAAGCAAUGACUGCAUGGCCGGAAGAACGCUUCGAAGCUUUAAGAAGGUAGAUAGACUUGGACGAUUCGAGACUAUAAAACAAGAGACAGCGGUAGAUGGUGGGGGGGGGUGGUUAGAGGAAGUUAGUUACGCUCAAAUAGAGAUCAUUUUGAAAAA